CAAAAUACGUAAUUUACCUUCAGGGGGCGCUCGACUGCUUACUCAACUGAAAACUCAACUGGGUCGCAUAAAUCUCGUGAGGUUUUGUCUUGGAGACAUAUUAUCAAACGUAUGACUUAACUUAGUUAUUUCCGAGCAUUUGUGUAUUUUUUUCGCACAAACAGAAAUACUCAGCAAUCCCUUUGAAAUGAUUAUAAUUUUUUUUAUAAAUUCCCAUCCACUACUUUAAAAUGACUGAUUGGUGAAGCCUAACCAGCGCGGAGAAAAGUAACAGUUAACACGUGAAAUCGACAUCAACGAGCUGCUUCAGAAGCGUCCUGUAUGAUAUUUUACACUUGAAAAUGACAUCGAAAAACGGUAAUAGCCAUUGAAAAUACUGAGUGAAUAACUAAUGAAGAUUUAUUUUUCGAACUCAUCAUUCUUGAUAAAGCGCUAAGCUCCGCCCAUUUUCUGAUCCUCCCGUUUCAUGCUAGUUACCAUAACGUUAUUUCAUUAGUGAAUAUUAAAAAAUAUUCCCAGCAGACCAUAAUUGAGAAAGACCGGGACCUACUGUGCGUCACUACCAGUGCACGUCCCCGCCUUCAGCUACGUACAUACCUCAUCUGUCGCCCUCCCUGCUUAAUAACGGAAGGGUACUUCCUAGCUCCCAGUCAAAUAGCCACUCUACUUUACCACCGUCUCCUGCGCUUUGAAGACUCGAGGAUUGUAUAGCUAUGCGCCGUACAAUAUAACCAGCCAUUGUUCAGUGCAGCUUUGCACGCUGGUGUUUACAGCCUCUCUUGAGCAGCGCGUGGGAUACUGAUUCAGCCCUUUCGCUUUCACCAUGGCAAGCGACGCGCUCCACAGAUUCGUCUGCCUUUGUCGAUACCUACAGGAUCCCUGCCAUGUCGCCAGAUUCCAGCAGCUCUGCGGCGUCCGCGGGACGUUUCCUAAAAAACCGGCCGAGGCUGGCGAGACGCUUGGGGUCAACGGUGCUUGCGUGGGGCAAAGCGCGGCUGGUGGAGACUCAGCACACGGACUUCCGGGCCAAAGGCUGAGAAAAAGUUUAAAUGCUGUUGAACAGGACGAAUGUUCCGCUAACGGACCCUCGGGGCGAGACGCGGAGAGGGACUCCAAAGGCACAGUGAAGCCGUUACGCAGGAACUCAUUGACCGGUGAUGUUGGCCAAGAGUUCAUCAUCGAGAACAGGUUUCUCUUCUAUCUCUUCACCGUCGGUACCGAGCUGGGCAACGAGAUGUUCUUCAUCGUGUUCUUCCCCUUCUUGAUGUGGAACGUCGACCCCUAUGUGAGCCGGCAGCUGAUCGUGGUGUGGGCCUGGGUGCUGUUCCUCGGCCAGUCCACGAAAGAUGUGGUCCGCUGGACCCGUCCCGCCUCUCCUCCUGUGGUCAAAGUGGAGGUUUUCUACAACACGGAGUACAGCAUGCCCUCCACACACGCCAUGUCCGGCACCGCGCUGCCCUUCUGUCUGUUCCUGCUCACAUGCAGCCGGUGGCAGUACCCGUUCAUGUUUGGACUGAGCAUCGCUCUGUUCUGGAGUGUCCUUGUGUGCAUCAGCAGGAUUUAUAUGGGCAUGCACUCUGUCCUGGAGGUGAUCACAGGCUUCCUCUACAGUGUGCUCAUCCUGGCGGUCCUUCAGCCCAUGCUGCAUGACAUCGACACGUUCUACCUGUCCCACAGCUACGCCCCUCUGGUCGUCCUGCUUGUGCAUGUUGGCUUCAGCUUGGUGGCCUUCUCGCUGGACUCAUGGAGCACCUCCCGUGGCGACACGGCCCAAGCGUUGGCCACAGCUGCCGGAGCCGCGUUGGCAUCCCGUCUGAACCACCAACUGGGUCUGCAGCCAGAUCCCCCCGAAGAAGCUCUCCCACUCACCCUGCCCCUGAUCGACGGGGCCUUACUGACCCGUUCCAUCAUGCGGCUCCUGGUAGGAGUGGCCGUGCUUCUAGCCGUCAGGGCUGCUAUGAAGGCAGUGGCGAUCCCGCUGGCCUGCAGGAUCUUCGGCGUGCCUUCGGAUGACGUGCGGAAGGCUAGACAACACGCGCACGUGGAACUGGCGUACCGGUUUAUGGUCUACGGCACAGUGGCCUACUGCUGUGUUUUCCUGGUGCCACUUCUCUUUGGCUUCCUUGGCUUGUCCUGAAGAAAAUCCCUCCGUUUAACCUUGUUAUUAUCCGGUUUUAAUCCUAGCUUAACCUAUACAUGACUUGGACUAGUGAAGGUCCACAGUUGUAGUCAAAACCAACAAACAUUUGGUUGCAAACACAUAUGAUGUUCAUGAUUUUGAUAAUUUCACCAGCUCCAUUUCCAUGCUAAUUUAUUUCACUUGUUUUGUUUACAGAUUUUAUCGAACUGAUGAAUUUGAACAGGGUUUUUUGGAAUUUGUUGCCAUCGGUGGGCUGUUUUUCUUGAAAGUGAGUGCGUGUGAUGUUAUGAUCUUCAGAGGGCCUGUUCAAAGCUUCUGACUCUUGAACAGUAAUGUUUAUAGCCAUUCUCAAAAAGGUUUCAAAUGUUUCCUGCAUUUGUCUUCAGUGGAUUUCCUUCAGCAGACUGACACCCACCCAUCCCCGGACCCUUGUGCUUUCUCUCGCUCAACAAUACGCUGGAUUGUUUCUCGCUGUAUAGAUUUUGGCUCAGUCUGCGGUCCUUCCUGUCUGUUUUCAUCCUUCUGAAGCAAACUAACCUGAGUGAACACCCUUGUCAGACAUUUGUAUCCUUGUCAUGGUUUUCCCUCAAGGGCUCGUUCUCAUAACAUUUUGUAAUUCUCUGUUCUUCCUAGGGCUUGUUUAUCUUCUCAGUGGGUCCAUUCCAGAUCAGUGCUAUGGCCCUAAUGGUUCAUUCAGUGGUUCAGGAAAGACGCUCUUAAAUCUGAGAGGUGUAGAAAGUUGUUGUUAUCUAAAAACUGGUUGAGUUCACGGCUCACAAUAAGCGGUAAUGCAUCGAGAGAAUGAGGGGAGGGAACUUCCUGUCAGUAUGAAUGCUGUAUACAUGAACUUCCUGUGGAUGUGUUACUCUGAAACCCAAGCUAGGAAAAGGCCGCUCUGAAUAUGAAUGCAGCAUAUCUUUAACAUUGUCUUUGUCAAUGUAUUAUUUAUAUGCGUCAAAUAUGUUUUUAAAAAUAAUUACAGAGUUUUUUGUGUA